CUUUAGCACCGAACCUGGAUUAAACCGACCUACCGUAAAACGCUACUAUAACCAGUCACUUUUCCCUUCUUAUUUUUACUCUUAAAAUUAUCAUUAUUAAUCUCUUUAUUCCAAUUGUCACUCGAUUCUGCAAAAUCAAGAGAGAGAGAGAGAAAUAGUUUGACGAAGAUGCAGGGUGGGAGAGGAAGAGGCAAUCCGGUAUUUGGUUUCGGCGAUCCUUUUGCUGAUUUCGGGGGUUUGCCUAGUGUUUUCGGAGGAAGGGAUCCAUUUGAUGACCCUUUCUUUACACGUCCAUUUGGUGGAGUAUUCCCGUCUGGACUCGCAGGGAGUCCUUUCAUGAAUAUGAAUCCAUUCGGGUCAAGCUUCUUUGGUCCAAGAUCAAAUCCGUUCAUAGAUGGACAAGCACCUCGAAUUCAUGAAAGUAGACCUUCCCUGCCAAAUAGUUCAAGAGGACCGAUUAUUGAAGAAUUGAACUCUGAUGAUGAAAAAGAUCAGUCUGAUGCGGAAGACAGUGAGAAAGAAAAUCCUCGGCCUCAUACUAGGCAUGAUAUGCAACCUUACAUUGAGCAUCCCGAUGAUGAAUUUGAAGGUAGAGAGCAAAGGCAGACACAGUUUGGAGAUAUGUUCAGUAUGAUGAAUAAUAUGCCCUCACGUCCACAAGCCCACAGCGUCACCUUUCAGAGCUCUACCGUAACAUAUGGGGGUUCUAAUGGAGCAUACUAUACUUCAUCUUCAACCAAAAGGACUGGCAGUGAUGGAUUGAGAUUUGAGGAAUAUAAAGAAGCCGAUUCAAUGACUGGCCAGGCUGCUCAUAGGCUUUCAAGGGGAAUACAUGAUAAGGGCCAUACUGUUACUAGGAAUCUAAAAUCAGAUGGGCGAGUAGAUACAAUGCAAGUGCUGCACAACAUCAAUGAAGAUGAGCUCGGCGGAUUUGAAGAGGCUUGGAAAGGAGAAGCUAGAAAGCAUCUACCUGGGUGGACUGGUGGAGUUAGUACUCAUGAAGUGAUAGGAGGGCCGAGAAGAGGUGGUUGGGCACUGCCUUCACCUGAGCAGACAGGACAGGAUUUGCAAAACCAUGGAAGUACCUCUGGCUCACACUUGGGUGUGAGAAGGCGGCCAGAUGGUGGUAAGGACGGUCAGUUACCUAAGAUCAGGAGAUUCUGAGAUGGUCAGGGUCACUAGCUUUGUAGAUUGUUGAAAAGAGCAUGUCAGCUUGUAUUUUGUUCACAUAACUAUUGGUGAAUUUCUUGAUGCAUAUGGUUAUAACUAGAUGAUGAAUUGAAAUCCUCCUGAGCUGUUGCUCUGUUCGACUUUCAGCAGCAUGGUCCAACCAGGUAAUAAUCAUGAUCUAGUUUGAGCAGUGUAUAUAACAAAUCUGCCCUACAAAAACAUAUCAAUCUAUAGUUUAUUCAGUAUAGAAAAGUCAGAAAUGGCAUGUAAUAUCAUUUAUAUGCAAAGUAAAACUUAUUGUAACGAAGUCAAUUACAUGGA